AUGAUUCUCGCUGAGUAUAUAAGGCGAAAGGAGAGGGACAGAAGCAAGUCGAAGCAGUACAGUCAACCGAACAACAUGUACAAGGCCCCACCACACUACAAGUUCGACUACAGCGUACACGACCCCCACACCCACGACGUCAAGAAGCAGGAAGAGACCAGGGAAGGAGACGUGGUCAAGGGGUACUACUCCCUCUACGAACCCGAUGGUACCGAGAGGAUCGUCCACUACACCGCAGACAAGAAGAAUGGUUUCAACGCCGUCGUUGAGAGGAAAGGACACGCUGUCCACCCACAAAACUAUGGACACUCCUCUGAAGCCUACUACGGACACCAUUCUGGUGGAUACUCCGGCUCUUCAGGUGGUUCCUCCGGUUACAGCAGUGGAUCAGCAUCUUCUUCAUCAUCUUACCACGGUCAUUACUAA